AUGCAAGCAGCCAAUGCGAGUUGGUUCGCACGGGAGGCAUUGGUGAUAGCCAGCGCCAGAGCCGAGCCAACGGUUGGCUACUCACGGCUGUCCUUCAUCUGGGAGGAAGGAAUAGUUAGCGAUGUGUACAUGACAUUACGGUGUCUCGUACCGAGUUUGUUUUUUGGGCGGGGGGAGAGUCAUAAAAAUGCACCAGAAAUACAAGGUUAUGGGUACAGGUACGAGUGCCUGAAGAGAGUUAAACCAAGAAAAGCUACCAUGGCUUUGGGUACGAUCAUAGGGGUUGCCACCAAACGAAAUACCCACAUACGCAGCACAGAUGCAAGAUCCCAAACAUACUGGACACCCAGUAUUACAGUCCAUGCAAUCCCUGAAGCUGGCUUUUCCUACUUCCAAAACAUGACGUGGUUCUCGUCGUCGUUCUUGUAUUUUGCGUAUCUCGUAGCCGAAGAGGCUGAGGAUGCUUGA